AUGGUUGGUAUAAAGCCAGACAGGAUGUAUGAGCAAGGCUUUAUAAGGAUUCAUAUCUGCAAGAACAACAUUAUGUACUUCAUGGAAAACAUGGAGAGCAGGACCCUGCUCCAUGCUUGCCAAAAUUGUGACUACCAGCAGGAAGUUGACAAGAGCUGCCUCUGUGUCAACAGAUCAAGUGCUGUCAACAAACUGACACAAAUCAUGAAGCAUAUUUCUCAGGAUCUAAUUUUGCCCACAACAGGGACUGCUGUUAUCAUGUGA